GAAAACCCAAACUGCAACUAGAAAAUCUUACAAGGUUCCAAUCACAGCACGUCACUCGAGAAUAGAUUGAAGCUCCUGUGGGACUUGCAGCUUGGAGCUCUGCCUGCACCUAUUGUCACGCAAAUUCUCUAUUUGGGAAAUCUUCUUCGUGACGACGGCUGGCUAUACUUUGUUGACCGACUCUUUCUCUCUGGAGCUGCUCUAUUCCGAGCUUCAGCGCCUCCAUGUCUUCCGUGCCUACAUUUAGAGAGCUCACGAAAGCCAUCCACGGAUUCGUGCCAGCAGCCAAGUUUCCCCUACCAGCUGAGCUGGUUGAUAUCAUUGAUACAUACCUUAUCAAGCAUGAGAAGUUCGACGAAAAUGUCGCCGAUAAGGUCAAUGAGGAACUACUAUCUAUAUUCCACAAAGAUAUUGUCCAAGAGCCAUCUCGAUACACAGCUUUCAUUGCCCUCCUUCGCCACUUGCGUCCUAUAAUUGGACAACCAGUCAAGACGUAUCAAUGGUUUGACUUGCUAUUGCCAGUUCUGAACUAUCUGAAUCAGGAGAAGGGGCUCGCAUCAGAGGUUGAGGGUGUACUUCUAGAUGUUCUCACUGCCGAAGAUGGCAAUGAUCCCAGUUCUCCAACUGGAGGUGCCGCUCCUCAGAUUGCAGAACGCGUCCUAGUACUAUGGCUUGACGAAUAUGAAGUUGUUGGAAGAAUCCCUGAUACCGUAUCAGAUUUCAAAGAGAAGCAGUUGCGGAAGACGCUAUUACACUAUGGGAAGAAGCGUCCAAAGGAUCUCCUAUCUGUUCUUGAUAUGUACGUGGUCAAGGGAGCUUACCGUGCUCGUGCUCUAUCAUUCUUGGCCAUCUUUGUUCAGAGUCAGCCACCACAUCUACAUCUUAUUUUGCAAACUCCCCUAUUUGGUAAUUUGAUCAGUUGUCUCCAGGUAGACACAUCCACCACAAUAGUGUCUCUUGCUUUGACUGCGUUGACGAUGAUUCUUCCCCAUAUGCCAAGUUCGCUCGUCCCUCACCUGCCCACGCUAUUUAAUAUAUAUUCACGACUACUAUUUUGGGUGCGAGAGCUAUCUGCUCAGUCAGGAUCAGAUAUAGACGGAGAACGGAGAUUAUCUUCCAAUAACCUUGCGUGGGAGAAACUCGCAUACUCCCCGGACUUUGACGACACAGUUAUUCCACAUGUACUUCACUACUUCACUAUCUUGUAUGGUCUCUACCCUAUUAAUUUCAUGGAUUAUAUCCGAAAGCCGCAAAGAUACUUGCGACAUGCGGAGGUGCCUGACGCCGACGAGAUCGAGGUUCAACCCACCGAAAUUCGACAUGCGUCUGAACGUUUCCGGCAGUGCCAUCUCCUGCAUGAGAACUUCUAUACCCUCACCAUUGACUCCGAGAAGACAGAUUUUGGAAGAUGGAUAAAAAGUGAGCCGGCUGAGGUUGUGGCUGACUGCGUAGCUCUCUGCCAGUCGAAUGAAGCAUUGCUAAGCCCAGAGGCCCCUGAUGUUUCUGAGGAAGCUACAAGAGCUGAACCUGACAAAGAUGGCCAAGAAUCUGCAUUGCUUAGCAGUUCCUUUCCUUUCGGUCCAUCAGCUUUCACGCCCUUUCCAGGAGACAACCGUCGGAACACAAUAUCAACAUUAGCCGAAUCAAUUACGAGUAAUCGAAUGCAGUCGACCAUAAUGCGCCAGUCAUCCAUCAGUAGCCACCAGUCUACUCGAGAUGUGUCGAGCCCAAGAGUAUCUGGGAAUGGUAAUGAGAGCCCAACCCUAUCUCGCCCUAUCGUUCAAUCCGGAUCACAGACACAGCUCCAGGACCUAAUAAAUUCUAACAAAGCCAUAAAAACUGGGCUCCAUCAGUCAAUGGCAAACGACAGUGUCCCAUCCCUUUCAUUAAGUCACCACGAUUCCAACCCAGAACGCCCUGCAUCACAGCUGCAGCCAGAUCCACCGCAAGCCAGUACUUUAGUAUCACCUACCGAAAGCAACAGUGCUCAGAUUGCUCAUUUACAACGUCAAAUCCUCCUUUUAUAUAAUGACCUCACGUUUGAGCGAUUCAUGAAGCAACAACACCUCACUCACAUGGGUGAACUACGAAGGCGGCACGUACGAGAAGCAGCGAGCGAGGCAGAUACUCAAAAUCUCAUCAUACAAAAUCGGCAGCUAAAGCAACGACUAAAAGAUGCAAAGGAUUCAGAGAUACAAGCCAAAAAGGAAUCCGAGAAGAGCCGUGCACUCGCCAAGAAGUGGGAGGCUGAUCUUACAGCAAAAUUGAGAGCACUUCGUGAAGAGCAAAAGAAGUGGAACGCCGAAGGAAAUAAUUUACGGACUGAGUUGAGUGCGGUAAAAGAUGAGGCGGAGAAAUUGCGCUUAUUAGUUUGCGAAGCUGAAGUAAGGGAACUUGGCUUGAAACAAAAUAUGCAGUCAGUCGAGAUCAACGUAGGCGAACUAGAAAGGCUGAGGAAAGAGGUCGAUCGGUUGACAAGUUCUGAACGGAAUUAUCAAGCUAAAGAAACAGAACGUCAAGCUUCAAUGGCACAAGCAGCAGAGGCAGAGAGUCGAGUAGAGAUGCUUGAGAUGAAGCUUAAAGCUCACGAUUCUGAUAUCCAACAAGUGCACGAGCUAUAUCAAUCACAGAUCGUGGAACUUAAAGCAAAAUUCCAAGAAGCGAUCAGAAACGGCCCAGGGCGCAGCUCCGAGGAGUUCAGGUCGCAACUAGACAAUGCUCUAGCAGGAAGCCGACUUCAACAGACCGAGUUACAAAAUCACAUCACCGGGCUUACCAAGAAGAACACAGCGCUGCAAGCAACCAUACUGGAAUUGCAAUCUACGAUCUCCAGCCUCUCAAAACCGGAGCCUCGCACACCGGUUGACCCCGAUGCUGACUUGUCUUCCGAUUCGGGCAGUCCUUUGAACCACCGGCACCGGCACCGGCGCAAGUUCUCAGAAACGGAGACGGUUGAGGCGACAUCGUACAAUCCUACUCCACCACUUGAACCGUAUAUUAGUGGAUCCUCGAGCAGCCUGAUACGACGGGCAUCCACGCCGUUGCCUGCCGAUCCGCUUUCGUCAAGCAAAGGUAGCCCUACUGCGGAGCGGUACUUCGGGCGAGGAGGUGUGCAAAAUAUCCGCAAAGAAAAGGACAAGAAGGAGAGGAAAGACGAGAAGGAAAGGAAGAAAUCAGGGGGCUUGCGCGGUAUCAGAGGAUUUGUUUAGUAAGUACAAGUGUAAGAUGUGGCAAAUAAAGCCACAUAAGAGCUUUAUCCACGGUUUAAACUCAGCAAGCACCUAACCAGCGUAGAAGGCGGCCCUAUUGUUAGCUUACAAGUACAGCAAUAGGCUUAGUUUAUAAUAUAAUAUAACAGAACAAAUUGAUACCCCUUGA